UUCUUGCUAUUCACGUUCAACUCUCAGUAUUUCAUUCAAACGACGAGCGAGCCCAGAGAAUCAACGGCGAGCAGGGGUUGAGGGACGACCAGACUGAAGGAUUUCUCGGCGAGCGAGGGCGGCGAGUUCAAUUGAGACCAGGGGGCGAGCGUAGCUACUGAUUUAAUUUGUUUGCUUGUUAGAGGGCAAGCAGGACAGAAAGAUGGAGGCAUCAAAAGGGUCGCAGGAGAUGCAGCAAGCAGCGGCGGCAGCAGCAUCGUGUCGCAAGUACAAGAAGGACGAUGCCACUUUUUUGGAGGAUGUCAAAGCUCACAUUGAUGAAUUCGUCAAUGCAUCAAUGGACGAGCACAAGUCUUGCUUUAAGAAAACCAUGUCAAAGAUGUUUGGGAUGUCCAAGGUUGUGGCAGAGAAGCAAGCUGAAGCAGCGAAAGGAGUCGAAAGUGUGCUUCCCCUACAAACCAGUUUGUCUAAAUGAAGGACUCCUUACAGUUCUACUAGGUUUUUAUGCAUGUAAAACCUAGUCCUGGAGCAAGAUGGUUGGUUACAUUCUGCACUUUGAUAGCUCAUGAAUGUUUGUUUAGCACUUAUUCCCUAUCCAAACUACGUAGCAUUAUGACUCUAGAUACAAACCAUACGUUCAAGCUGUUCUGUUCAGUGCAUCUAAAAAGUGUACUGAUCCCAAUUGUGUGCUAUUGAAUGUGUUGAAUUUCUUAG